UGAAGCCCCAACUACUUCAUCAACAACACUGAGCAGCACUGCAAGUACAAGUACGGAGAGUAGCAGCACUUCUACCAGUACUCCAUCCAGUACAACAACCGAGGUUCCUUCUACCACGGCAACAGAAAUCAUCACCACUACAACUGAACUUAUCUCCACCACAAUCAGUGUUCGAAAUGAAAACUUCCUUUCAUACGGGGAAGAAGCUGGUGAUAUCGAAGGUUUCAGUGGGGAUGACUUGCUGCUAGCAAUUGUUGAUAAUCCAGUUGGAAUUACUUGUGGAUCAUCACUAUUUCAUAGUGUUUAUAUUUAUACAAAUGGUUACGUGACGUUUGAUAGCUACUUCAAUAGCGGUCGUCCACAACAAUUCUCUGUUCAGCCAGGAUCACUGCCAGACAAAAUAGUUGCUCCCUUUUGGUCAGACAUUGACAUGACGGCAGACUCGUAUGUUUGGUAUCAUUUCUACAACCAAUUUUCUGCCAAUUCGUCUGUUCUCUAUGAAGCCCAAACUCUCAUUGUUCAAAACUACAAAGAUUCAAUGGUGGCUUCAAGUUUUAGUCCCAAUACAGCUUUAGUUGUCACCUGGGAAAAUGUCCGUCCAGCUCCUGCUUCUGUCUAUUCCUCUCAGAGGGCCAGUUUCCAGUUGCUGAUUGUCAGCGAUGGAGUGACCACCUUCACAGCUUUCCUCUUUAAACAAAUGGGUUGGCUCCCCCCAAAACCAGCCCUGCUGGGAUACAAGUGUGGGUCCAGUGACUUCUACAGCCAUCCAGCCUCUCUGACCAACAACAUGCUCGAUGAGGUGUUUUACAAUGGCUAUAACAGGGGAGAUAGGCCAGGUGUUUGGAUUUACAAGAUGGAUACCAUGAACAAUUUCAUCAACUAUGCUGAAAAAUGUUACUCCUGGAUCCAAAAACAUGGAAAUCCAGAGUAUCUGGCAGUUACAUUGGCAAACACAAAAUUAACCAAUUGUCCAUGCAGUGAAGAUAGAAUACAAAAAGAUGGUCGAUUUGUACCAUACCCCCAUCAACCAAACUGUUAUGUUAGUGAAUUUCCUCCCACUGGAGUUUCUGGAACACGGAAAUGCUGCUACUCAAGAAAUUCAACUCUGGCCACCCUGAUAAGCUCUGGAGCAAGUGCUGGUUAUAUUUACACAUCAAACCCUCUACACAAUCCAAGAGAAGCCAAUGUGUUGGAUGAGGAACCUCACGGUUACUGCUGUGACCAUUCCAACCUCUGUAGUCAAUUCCUCAGACUUAGAUACUCUGACACAUGUGAUCUCUACCAAGCUCUCACAUCUGGAUCCUCUUUUGGAGACCCUCACAUACGAACAUUGGAUGGUCUUACCUAUACAUUUAAUGGACUGGGAGAAUAUGUGAUGCUGACUAUGACACAACCUGGGUCUAAUGAGACUCUUCUAGAGAUUCAGACCCGUACAACACAGGCCAUCAACGCUAAUGGAACCGCCAUUAAUGCCACUGUGUUCCAAGCGUUCGCUAUCAAAGAAAAGAAUGGAGGAAUAGCCCAGGUGGAGGUCAAUCUAGCAAAAUCAGGACUGGUUGUUUAUGCAGAUAGAGAGGAUAUCACCCGUCAAUUUUAUUCCAGCGAUACUUACUCCUACUAUGUAGCCAGUAGACUGUUACUGAAAAGAACAGGGACAAACUCUGCCAAGAUUCUGUUCCCAUCAGGCAUCACUUUUGAUAUGUCUCUUAACCUCGGAAUGCUGGAACUAACUACUGGAAUACCGGAUUCAUUAUCCUCCACCUCAACCAACUCAGGACUUCUGGGAAAUAUCAACGGGAACAUGAAUGAUGACCUGAAAAUGCCCAAUGGAACCCUGCUGCCCUCUAACACGACUGAACGAGAGCUAUAUUUCAACUUUGGAGAGCUUUGGAAAAUUGAUUGUGCUGCAUCUUUGUUUGUGUAUGGAGGUGACAUGGAUUGCAGUUCCUUCCAACGGACAGAUUUUGCCCCAAUAUUUAUGGACGAUUUUACCCAGCAAGAGAUAAACCAAGCACAAGAAGUGUGUGGAGGUCCCCAGAAUUUAAACUGUAUCUAUGAUUUUCUUGCCACACAAAAUGAAGCCAUAGCUAAUGUCACUAAAACAGCAUAUGAUACAGUCCUCAAGGAACAGAGACUAGCAGCUAAUGUAAAGCCAUUCCUGGAUGGAGUUGGAACCUUGUACACAGUUGUUGGCCAGAGCAUCAACAUAACGGCCUUUGCCUAUGAUGUGGACAGAGACAAUGUUACCAUUAUUAUGUUGAGUCCUGUGAAUGUUACUUCUGAUACACUCCCAGGGAAUGUCUCCUUCUCCUACAUCUAUACUCCAGCAGACAUGACACCCUAUGCUGUAGAAUUUUAUGCUGUUGAUGAACUAAAUGGUGUGUCCAUUAUGUUAUCUGAAACUGUGUACCAAUGCUAUGGCUGCAAUAACCAUGGAAACUGUAACUAUUCCCUAGCAACAAGCACCAGUAUUUCUUCAUUCUUUAUUGUACCAUGCUCUUGUGACAUCGGUUGGACAGGCGACUCGUGUGAGACCGACAUUGAUGGUUGUGCUGGUUCCCCUUGUGACCCCCUCAGUAACUGUACAGACACCCUAGCUGCUCAGCAACAGCUAACUGGACGGGCCUUUACAUGUCAGAACUGUCCCUCUGGCUACCAGAUGACUCAGUCCUACAAAUGUAUAGACAUUGAUGAAUGUUCCAACAGUUCUUUGAAUCUGUGUAACCAGCUGUGUACAAACACAGAGGGGAGUUACUCCUGCUCCUGUCACACUGGCUACAGACUGACCAACUCUCUCUGUUCAGAUAUCAAUGAGUGUAAAGAAGGGACCAAUGCAUGCCAGCAACAGUGUGUGAACACUGAGGGCUCUUAUAGCUGUUCUUGUGUGGACGGCUAUUCUCUCCAACCAGAUGGCGUUUCCUGUACCUUGCUAGCUCCACAGCAAACCUGCGAUAUUAUGAACUGCAGUCAGGGAUGUUCUGUCAAUGCCACGGGUUCCGCUUUUUGUUUCUGUAACCAGGGAUAUACGCUGUUGUCAGACGGAAAGAACUGUACAGAUGUGGAUGAAUGUGAGAAUAGUGGCCAGUGUUCCCAAGUGUGCUCCAACACAGACGGAGGUUUUACAUGCAGUUGUCUCAUUGGAUACAAGCUACAAGAAGACAAGUCAUCUUGUUCCGGCUGUGACUCUUUGCACUGGGGAUACAAUUGCAACACGUCCUGUGACUGUUCCCAGAAUGCUUUGCGUUGUGACAGUGUGAGAGGAUGUGUGUGCAAGGCUGGUUGGUCGGGAGUCCAAUGUAACACUAACAUCAAUGAGUGUGUAGACCCCAGUUUGUGUUCGGCCACAGAAGUGUGUGUAGAUAACAUGGGCUCCUACAGUUGUCAGUGUAUCGCUGGAUACAGGAGGAGCGCCGCUGGACCUUGUCAGAAUGUGGAUGAGUGUUCUGAGUCGCUAGAUAACUGUACGUCUACAGAGUACUGCCAGGAUGUUCCUGGGUCCUUCUUGUGUCCCUGUAGGACAGGCUACCAGAGAAACACCACCUCUGGACUCUGUACAGAUGUUGAUGAAUGUCUUGAAGGAAUAGCUUCUUGCUCCCAGAACUGUCACAACACACUCGGAAGUUAUUUUUGUACUUGUUUAAUAGGAUACCAACUUCAAGAUGAUCGAACUAGUUGUGUGAAAUCCAGCAAUCCGUGUCUUGGAGCCAGUGUGGAUGGGACAUGUGACACAACACAUGGCGGCUGCACUGUCAAUGCUUCCAAUGUGGCCUACUGUUUCUGUGACUCUGGCUACGAGCUCCAUGUCAAUGCAUCAGGAUUCUCACUGUGUCCAAAUAUCAACGAGUGCGAGAGAAACAUUUCUGGCUGUUCCCACGUCUGCACUGAUAUCAGUGGAAGCUUCUCUUGUAGCUGUCCAGAUGGAUACAAACUUACCACCAAUCAGAAAACUUGCGAAAGUUGUAGUGAGACCAAUUCGUGGGGACCCAACUGUACCACCCCCUGUAAUUGUGGGGUGGGGGCCUCAUCCUGUGACCCGAUUGUGGGCUGUGUAUGUCAGCAGGGAUGGAAUGGAACCCUGUGUGAUACCAACAUCAAUGAAUGUCUGACGUCACCCUGUAACGCUAGUCAGGUCUGUGUGGACAAUCCAGGCUCCUACACCUGCACCUGUAGUUCUGGAUUUCAGAGUGAUCAAAAUGGUGGAUGUCAAGAUGUGGAUGAAUGCAGCAAUGGUCAGGCCAUUUGUCAACAGCUGUGUAUAAACACUGAGGGGAGCUACAACUGUUCCUGUAGUAUAGGGUUCAGUCUGCAGCCGGACAAUAUCUCAUGUCAAGAUAUUGAUGAAUGUACCACAAGUAUCCAUAACUGUAGCCAGGGAUGUAGUAAUUUAGAAGGAAGUUACCUCUGUUACUGUUACCAAGGAUAUGAACUGGAUACUGAUAGGAAAACAUGUAAUCUAAUUCCUACUACAACUACUCAACAGCAAACAACAACCACAACCCAAAGUACAACCACAGUGCCAACAACAACCACAACCCAAAGUACAACAACAGUGCCAACAACAACCACAACCCAAAGUACAACCAUAGUGCCUACAACAACCACAACUCAAACUACAACAACAGUGCCAACAACAACCACAACUCAAACUACAACCACAGUGCCUACAACAACCACAACCCAAACUACAACAACAGUUCUAACAACUGUUUCAAUUCCUGAUACUACAACAACUACAGGUACUUCUACAAUUUUAGUAACCACAGCAGCUCAGGAGACAACAACUUCUCAUUUUUCAUCAACAACAUCUGAAAGUAACAUUACAAGUACGGAACCCCUAACAAAUCCAAGCAAAAUCCCUGCUGAAGCUCCUUUAGUAACGGAAACGACUACAACUACAACAACUACUCCAGAGACGACUUCGACAAGUACGUCUACAACCACAGCUUUGCCAACGAGCACAAGCACAACUGAAGCCCCAACUACUUCAUCAACAACA